CCUACAGAGUAGAAAUAUGAAACAAGUUCACUUAUCGCAUCAAAAUUAGAUCCCACGUAGUCCAUCAGCAUCUGGCUUGCACCUUUCCGAAGAUACACCAUCCAACGAUACGCGCGCGAGCACACACGGUAGUAGACUAAAUUGUAUUCGUCAUUCGUAGACCCUCAUACCCGAACGUGAUGAGGUAGUAACGGAUUGAGUGUAGUAGAAACUCACCAAAGAGGUUCAUCUCGGUGCUCAUAGGCACACAUAGGCACAGUUAGGGACCACAACGUGCUUAAUUAUAGCAAAUUUUAUUUGAAAUUUCGCUUUUAGUUACACAAGGUUUUAACGUGUUAUGUCGUCGUCGUAAACUUAUAGAUAUUUUAACUACUACGUAACGUUUUUAAUUUUAAUUUAUUGUGAAUAUAUUUGGUAAUUGUCUUGAUGUUUUUAAUUGAUUUUAAUUUGUUUUGUGUAGGAAAAUAAAUGUUUUAACGUGUUGCAACAUUUAUUUUUCCGAGGUGGGGGGAUAGUGUAACCGUGUGUUACAUAAUUAGAAGAUUUUUAAUAUGUGCUAUUUUAUUUGGAUACUGUCACGUCUCUUAGGUUAGUAGGUGUUGGGUUAGUAGGGUUAAUUAAAUUAAAUAGAAAUAAAAUUGUAUGUUUGUUAGUAGGGUUAGUUAUUUUCAAUUUCAAAUGAUGUAAAACAUUACAACGGUACAGAGUGGGUACAAGGAGCAGACAUGUUGGGAUAAUAGUGGGUACAACAUGAUAAGGCGGGCGAAGAUCCUAUACAAAAGGGGUGGUGGAACAAUAGUUGUCUCCAUAUAGAAGGGAUUGUAAGGAUUAAGGCGCAAAACCAAUCCGCCAUCCCUCAAUGUAAUUCUGGCGUUCGUGUGCUUCGGAUCAUUUAGAAGAAAAUUAAAAAGUGUCCCAGUAGUUAUUGUAGUGAGUGGCAAAACCAGUUGGGAGUACACUAAAAGUUAAUUCAGGACCUUUUGUGGUACCUUAAGGUACACCACCGCCAUUUUGUACGCCAACCUUUGGGGUUGGUGAAGCACACGACUCGGCCUAGUGGUCCCUUGCUGGCCACUACGCCUAACCGCAAACGAGUAAACCCGCUCUGGUCUUGCGAGGCCAUAAUAGUUAAGGAGUGAUUCCUCGGGACCCAUAAGGGUGCCCUAACCGUAAAAGAGGACCCCUCUCGGCAGAGUCUAUCCGGCCUUGUCCUGGGCUCUGUCGAUGUCCGUCAAGGAGGGAAGACGCCAGCGAGACACGUAGAUCGCACCAUUCCGUCAAGCCGAUCUACUACAGAUCCAACAGCCAUUUUCCGACCAUCAUUCCACCACCCCAAGCCGUAAAUCCGCCGGCGGACAAGGCCGUCCAGCCCGCAGCAGCAUCGGCGAGCGCUCGUCCACCGUCCAAGACACCAGGCAGAGCAUCACCAACAGUAGCAGUACCGGUACGUCCCCAAUAUUCAAUAAAUAGCCCACUCUAUACCCACAAAUAUCAUAGAUCUCUUAAUAAAUUACACCCACACCAUACAAUCAAUAGUCAUCAAUAAAUAUCUUUAGUUUUCAUUCAAAUUUUACAUAGUUUUCCCCUAACCCAAGAAAGGUGACAGUACUCUGCACGCUGGUCGCGAAGCCCCUCCGAUUGCCCAGUAGUAAGCCGACCUUGAGACACAGCUCUAAGGGUCACUUGCUGCUGUAGUAUUACCGCGAGUUUUGUCCGGGUAACAACUUUGACCCUAUAACUUUAUUCAUGUUUGGAUGCUCUACAACAAGAAGAACUUUUUUUGAAAAUUCUCUAUAGUUAUUCCCAUACAAACCUAAUUUGCUCUUGGGCCACCAUUAAAUCACCACCGAAAUGGCUGAAAAUUUGACAGGACUCAAGUUUUGCACCAAGGAUUGUAAUGAACAUAUGGGAGCUUUGAGUUUUAAACAUUUUUGAAGUCUGAACUGCCCUAAUGCACAGCUUACAUGAUCAUUGUCACAAAGCCGACGACACCAGCAGCGAGAGAGCGAGUGUGAACGAACUCCCCGCGACUGCGACUGGGUGUAUUUCGGGAAACUCGUGACUUUUUUCCCAAACUCAUUCAUGCGUUACAGUUUCGAUGCUAUUUCUGUUUUGUUUUCACUCCCGACUUUGUGUAAUUAUCAACCGCCAACCCAACCAACCAACGCAAUGCAACGGUAGAAAAGAAAGGAUGCAAAAAUAAACCCAUUACCUACGGGUUUUCUUUUUCACUUGGGAGAUAAUGAAUCACCGCUGUCGAGGUUCUUUUCUUGCGCUGCUUACAUGAGACCGAUUUUUGUAAAAAAAAGUCAGUAGCUAUGUGUAAUAAGCACUGAAAUACACAUUUUUUUGCUGGUAUUCAGAAAACUUGCAUUACCAAAUGUUUUGCAGAAACUCAGCAAAAUCUUACUUGAAAUUCAGCAAUUGCCAGUGCCGGAUUUAGGAGGGGGCCAGGGGGGCCAGGGCCCCGGGUCCCCACAUUUCAGGGGCCCCCACAAAAUUUAACUUCACAAAAAAAAACUGAAGCAAGAAAAAAAUUAGUGCAAGACACUUCUUUUGAUUUAAUUUUUGUCAUAAGAACUUCAAAUCACUGUCUACUGAUAUGUUGUGAUUCUUUUGAGAAAGACAACAACUAUUUUUCUAGCUCAUUAUGAAAUUAAAAACAUUGCCUCCAAAACUUAUUUCCCUUAUUUUUUUUGCUAAUGAAAAAUUACCCGAAAUCCUGAAGAAAAAAAAUCUAUUGAACUCUAGAGGAACUCGAAAAGUCUAUAAAUUGUAGAGUCAAAAAGUUCUUGCUAAAUAUGUUUGUUUUUUUUUCUGUUUAAAGUUUUUGAAAAUAUUUUGUAGAAUUUUCUAUAUCUUGGAAUAAAUGAUUUUUUUUUCGAAACUUAGAGGUGCUUUUGAAGCUCUUGAUUUUGAUUUCUCUAAGACAGCUAACGACUUACUCAAAUCAGAAAACACCAAAACUGUUACAACAUAUUUUUAGAGGAAAUCUAACUUGAAAUUAAGGCAGACUAUUUAGAAGAGUUUCAGUCCGUUUUUUUUAGUUAGGAGAUUUGCUUGGUAAAGUAAGGAUGGAAUCCAUGGCGAACUGAUAAAAGCCAUAGAUUUCUAGAGAAGAAUAAAUUUGUGGAGAAAUUAGUAAAAAUGUAUCCGGGUUUUUAGCUAAUUAUUUUCAAAAAACUUUACAGAAAAUUCAAUUAGAAAUUAAUUCUAAAAUUUCUUCAGCAUUUUCUAUUAUACUUUCCUCUUUGAUUUCACAGGUUUGAUGAAAAAUCUUUUGGGAGGCUUCCAGAACCUUCCCUAGCAGUCACGUUAGAACAAGUUUUUGUAAUAUGUUCUUUCUUCAUAGUGAUCGACCUGCAACUUCUCCAGAGAUUGCAGCACGGACCACUAGAAAUUAUCUUUGGAUUCCGCAAAAACGACAACGAUUGUGUUAAUAUCAGCUUCUCGCAGUCUCUCCAUGAGCUCUGGCAUGAAUUUCCACAAAAUCUGGAAUCUAAUGCCGCCAAUACAUUUGUGAAAAGCAUUUUUAACUUUAUAUGCAUUUCUACGCUAGAAUUUCAAAUUCGUUAUGAAUAAAUUGAUUGGAUAUCAACAUCAUUCCUAGCUCUGUAUUUUGUUUUAGAUUCAAAUUCUUCCCUAACGACGUUAAUAUCUUUCUUCAUUAACAUAAUUAAAAAAUAUCGAUAUUUUUUUACUUUUUUUUUCUAUGUUUAUGGGUAAAAAUAUAUCCUAUAUAAAAGGGGCCCCCACAACACUGCGGCCCCGGGCCCCCACAUUUGUAAAUCCGGCCCUGGCAAUUGCUAUUGAUAAUUUUUUGAUUGCUAAACGCAUGAUGUGCGGUGUGCCAGACCAGACGGGUGCAGAUAUUCUGGUCAUAACUGACGUAUAUUAGCACACGGCAUGAACAUUCACAUCGUUUUGUUUAUCAAUAAUAUUGACGAAUGGAUGAGCAGUGGGACACGCGAAAAAGUUUGCUUAGCAAGCAAACGUACAUAGAUAGAGCCUUGCAGCGAACGCAAUGAAACCGGUUGAUAACGCUGGCUGACUUUGUUGGAAGCAUUAGGAAGUAGCGAUAAGCGCUGUCCGGCUUCUGCUGGUUUUUGAUAAGGAAAAGUAUGCAUAGAUGUUAAUACGGUGCAAAAUGGUUGUUUGAAUGCGGAACAGUAGCAAAAUGCAGAAUUUACAGUUUCUCUGUGCCGUCAGUAUGGAAUUUGGGAUAUUUCAACGUGUUUCGGAAUUUGACUGCUACUAAGACCGUAGGAUAUCACGCCAUAUCAAACUAACAGUGACAAUAAAAACUACGUGCUUGAAUUCCUAAACUCGACAAUUCUGAACUGCGGCCCCAAGGGAAACAAAAAAUAGAGGGCGUUCAAUUCAUAAAAGCUUCAGCAGAAUUCCUUCAGAAAUUUAUUCAGGGAUUCCCUCAGAAGUUCAAUCAGGAAGUUUAUUCAAUCAUUUCUCUGGUAGUUCCUUCAGAAAUUUCUCCAUGUUUUUCUUCUAGGAAUCCUCCAAGAAUUUCUUCUGAGAUUUAUUUAAAAGCUCCGCCAAGGCUUCUCCUCGAGUUCAAUCAGAAAUCCUGAUUCCUUCGGGAAUUCAAUCAAUGAUUGAUUCAAGAAUUCUUCAGUUAUUAGUCCAGUAAUUUAUUCAGGGAUUUCUUUAGGAGUUCCUUCAAACAUUCUUCUAGAAGUUCUGAUAGAUGUUUCUCCUGACGUUAAUUCAAGGAUUCCGCUAGAAAUUCCUUCAGAGAUCCUCCAGGAAUUUAUUCUUCAAUUCCUCCAGGAAUUGCGUAAAUGAUUCUUCCAGGAAUUUCUUCGUGAAUUCCUCUAAGACUUUUUCGAAGGAUUCUCCAGCAAGGAUUCGUCUAAAAAUUCAAUAAGAGAUUUCUUUUGGAAUUCUUUGAGGAAUUUCUCCUGCAAUUUCCUAAGGCAUUUCUCCAGGAAUUCCUUAAGGGAUACUUCCAGGAAGCCCUUCUGGGAUUCCUCCAGGGUUUUCUUCAAGGAUUUUUCUUGAACUCCUUGAUGGAUUUCUUCUGGGAUUCAUUGAGGGAUUUCUGCAGGAACUCUUCACUGAUUCCUGCAGGGAAUUUAUUCUAGAAUUCUUCGUGGGACUUUUUCCCGGAAUUCAUCAAGAAAUUUAAUCAUAAACUGCUUUAUAGAUACUUCUAGAAACUUGUUCAGAAAUUUCUUCGAAGAUUCCUCUAAAAAUUUCUUCUUCAAUUCCUCCAGCAAUUGCUUCAAUGAUUUUACUUGAAAUCUUUGAGGAUUUCUUCUUAUUGAGGAUUUCUUCUUAUUCUUCUUCUUAAAUUGCUAGAGAAAUUUCUCCAGGAACUUCUUAAAGAAGGAUCUACUUUUUCAGAAUUCUAAGAUGUAUUUGGCUUGGAGUCCUUAUUGGAUUGUUUGUGGAAUUUCUUGAGCGAUAUUUCCAAGAACUUCUUCAAUGAUUUCUCCAGGAGUUUCUUCAAGGAUUGAAAUAGAAAAGCUACACGAAUUUCUUCUUGAAGUCCGUGGAGCUUGGAAUUGUUGUGGACAAGCGGGUACCCCCAGGAAGUAAUUUGUGUUUACACUUUGACGCUCGCGAAGUAGUGAAGCGACGACAAUUUGCGCGCCUACUGGGAUUGCUUGAUGUGCAUUUUGCAGACCAUGUGCUACAGGCGUGCAUUGGAAGCCUAGUCGAAUAACAGUGUAGAUUCAGUACCACACAUCCUCCUUCUCAGAGAUGAAUACAGUAACAGAAGCGUGCAAGCUCAGAUACUAUAUGAUUUUCAAUUUCUUUUCGUUCAUUUUAAUCACCAGCCUUCGAUGUCGUUCCUGUUUUAUUUAAUUUGUAUUAAAAGAAUCGAUAACCAAUAAGCAGUGAGCGAUAAUAGUUCUUUUCCAUGUUGGAAGUUGUGCGCAGCCUUCGCAUUUUAAUCAGCACCACGGAUCAUUCAUCACAAUAAACUUGCAAAACUUAGGUACUAAACAAAUACUAAAUUUGGCUAGUUUUGUUAUGUUUUUACUAUGACUGCUUACCAAACCAAAAUAUGUAAUCCAAGUUUCACAGUUCUUCCCUUAUGCGUAUCUUCUGCAUGAAUUAUUUCUAAAUUGCAGCAUCUUCUAGGAAUAUCAUUUCAUCUAUUUGCUGAAUAGUCCAAAAUGUCUCAUCACCUCUUCGGUCAGAUUCUGAUGGAACAGCAAUUAUACAUCAAACAAAAGUUUAGAAGUUUGUGCGUCAGACCAUAUGAUAGAUCAAUUGAGACCCAGGACAGAAUUUCUUACAAAAGUAAGGGUGCGGUCAUCCGGACACGCUGUGGACUGUUGUUACUGUCGCCAUGAGACAGAGUUUCUUACAAAAGUAAGGGUGCGGUCAUCCGGACACGCUGUGGACUGUUACUACUGUUGCCAUGAGACUGAGUUUCUUACAAAAGUAAGGAUACGGUCAUCCGGACACGCUGUGGACUGUUUUUAUUGUUUUCAAAGAUUGAUUGGAAGAUGCUAAAUUAUCUGAAAAUUUUGGAUGAAAUCAAAUAACAUUCAAUACGUGCAGUUACACAAUCUCUGUUACAGUAUGAAGCUCAUUCCCGAACAGUGAAAUUGCUUCUACAUUUCUUUUUUGGUAAAUUAUAUUAGAAAUUCGACAAUUUGAUUACAGAAUUGGUUUAACAAUACUGAUUCACAGUAAACUGUUCAAAAAUAUUAUUGUCACAUAGCAGACACCAGGGAGAGACAGAACGUGAUCAAACAUUCUCAUGUGUCGUCCAAUCCCAGUCAACCAGUCAUCGUAUAAGAUGUUGUAUAAGAUGUUAAAGUGGAGGCGAUAUGCGUAUAUUUUACAUGCGCCUAAAUUGAGGCAUGCAUGCAUAUGGCCUCCACUUUAUCAUCUUAUGCAACAUCUUAUACGAUUACUGGUUAUCUGAGAUUCCUCUAACAUAUUUUUUACUGAAAUUGUAUUGAAAAUACAAUAAUUGUUUUCAGUAUUACUGAGACAAUUUCUUUGGAAAUCAAUAACACUAAUAUUAAAUAUGAAACGAAAGUCAUGAACUUAUAGCCUUUACACGUUAAAUUUCGGACACCAAAUUUUCACAUUUCAAUAAAUGUUCAACUCGCUGUAAUUUUUCGAAAAGGGCAUCAAAUAUUUUCAAAUUUUUAGUGUAAGUUCAUCAAUUAGUUGAGUAUCAGUGGUUCCAAUUUGGAAAAGAUCGGGCCAUUCUACACGAAGUUAUAAAGGUUCUAGAAAAAGGUAUAAUUUUCCGAUAGCCAAAUUUGAGCUGUUAUAUCUCCGGAUUCAAUGAACCGAAUGCAAUGAAAUUUUGGUAAUUUAUGACUUAUAUAAUGAACUUUGAAAAACAGUUGACCUAAUUUGAAAUUUUUAAUAAGAAAAAAAGUUAUAGCGAUUUCAUUAAUUCUUUGUUUUUUUAGUAAUUUUAUCUAUUUUUCAUAUGCAUCUUAUUACUUUUUCAAUUUAAUGCCGGCUAUUUGGUUGCUUUCCUUUGAAACAUAAAUAUAUUCAAGUCUAUUAGACGGAAGUUAAAUGAACUAUAAUUACUAUCUCGAAUUUUGAAACGAUGAUAAAGUUUUGGAUAAAUUGGUGUUAUAUUGGAAAAAUUAUCUAAUCGUUAUAUUUUUCUUCCGUGUAAAGAAUUUAAAGAAUUUUAAGUUUAGUCAAAUGUUUUCAAUAGUUUAUUAUAUAAGUCAUAAAUUAUCAAAAUUUCUUUGCAUUCGGCUCAUUGAAUCCGGAGACAUAACAGCUCAAAGUUGGCUAUCAAAUAAUUAUACCUUUUCCUAGAAUAUUUCUUACUUUAUAUAGAAAAGCCCGAUCUUUCCUAAAUUUUGACCACUGAUACACAACUAGUUGAUGAACUUACAAUAAAAAAUGAAUAUUUGAUGCCCUUUUCGAUGCCGCCUCGAUUUUGCGUAUGCCUCGUUAACCAGAGAUGGAAUUUAUUUAUUUAUUUAUUGUCUUUAUUAACGAGACUUUCAGCCCUUGGCUGGUUCGUCUCGUAUUAAGAAUAUGAAUCUCUAGGACCGAAAAUUGCCACUUUGAAGAAACUCUUCCUGAAAUGAAACAAAUUCAUGGUUUGAAGUAUCGCUGUGAAUUAUCAGAAAUCUAUCGAUUCACGUUAAUCUACUCUAUAAUGAGUAAAACAUUCCAAAUUUCGUGCACGGUUAAACUAAAGAAGAUUAUUGUGAAAAUAUGUUCAAUUAGAAUCAGAAGUAUAUUUUAUUAGAAAAAUCAAGAACGAAAAACAUGACCACAGCUGUGAGAAUAAGCUAGCAAAUAUGGAAAAUAGGCCCCUGAAAUUUGAGAUUUCGAGCAGCUCACUAAAAUGUGUUCACUGAAACUAACUGUACAUGUAAUGUAUAUUUUUCUAUGUUUCUACGACCUUUAAUUCAUGUUUGAGUGGUAUUUUAUUUGAUGUUUAUAUCAUUGUUUUCGGGCUGCAAAACGGUGAGUCGAUAAGUAGAGCGUGCAACAUAGCUCUGGUCCUCACAAGUUCCUACCUCAUUCUUCCACGGGUCAAGCGAUGACAUAAACCGCCAGCUAAGAGUUGUGUGCUUAGCUGGUAGUGCAGCCUGGGCACUGUUGUCCUCCUGACUUCAGCUAGAUUGAGGCGGUAUGUCUCGAGCGUCUGUUCGCCAAGGAGGUGUGGCUCAAACAGCGUCUGUUCUGGCAUCCAGCGGCUGAAUAAGAAACGCUGCACCACGUCCAGCUAGAUCCAAGGUGGUAGCCCCAUCAGCGUGGUCGUCCUAGUGUUGUUUGGGACGUUAAACAGAACUGGCACGAUGGCCCUCCGGCAAGAUAGGAGUGUUGGCGUAGGCCCAAUAAGCCACCCGUUAAAAUCCCCAUUGCGAAUAACGUAGGAGAAAAUACGACUCGAUAUAAUCGGCAAACACCCACUCGACGAAAUAUGGACUACGAUUGGAAAUUCGGAACAUGGAAUUGCAAGUCACUAGGUUUCGCAGGAUGUGACAGGAUAAUUUACGACGAACUACAUCCCCGCAACUUCGACAUCGUGGCGUUGCAGGAACUUUGUUGGACUGGACAGAAAGUGUGGAAAAGCGGGCAUCGAGCGGCUACCUUCUACCAAACCUGUGGCACCACCAAUGAACUGGGAACAGGAUUUAUAGUGUUGGGCAAGAUGCGACAACGUGUGAUUGGGUGGCAGCCGAUCAACGCAAGGAUGUGCAUGUUAAAAGUUAAGGACCGUUUCGUCAACUACAAUAUCAUCAACGUCUACUGCCCACACGAAGGGAGACCUGAUGACGAGAAAGAAGCGUUCUACGCGCAGUAGAGCAAAUAUACGCCGCUUGCUCGCCGCGUGACGUGAAAAUCGUUGUCGGCGACAUGAACGCGCAGUUAGGAAGGGAGGAAAUGUACAGACCGGUAAUCGGGCGAAACAGCCUGCACGCCGAAUCGAAUGACAACGGCCAGCGAUGCGUAAACUUUGCAGCCUCCCGUGUUAUGGUAGUCCGAAGCACCUUCUUUCCCCGCAAAGAUAUCCACAAAGCGGAGAUCACCCGACCACCAAACAGAAAACCAAAUCGACCACGUUCUAAUCGACGGUAAAUUCUUCUCGGAUAUAACCAAUGUCCGCACAUACCGCAGUGCGAAUUUAGAUUCGGAUCACUACUUAUUCGCUGUAUGCAUGCGCUCAAAACUAUCGACAGUUAUCACCACGCGUCGAAGUCGAACGCCGCGACUCAACAUCGCGUAGCUGCGUAACGUAGACGUGGCUCAAGAUUACGCGAAGCAGUUAGCAGUGCCCCUACCAACGGAAGACCAGCUUGGCGCAGCUACACUUGAAGAUGGCUGGAGGGACAUCCGAUCCGCCAUAGGUAGUACCUCGGCUACAGCACUAGGCUUCGCGACUCCGAAUCACAGAAACGACUGGUACGACGGCGAAUGUGAACAGUUGAAAAACGAGAAGAAUGCAGCAUGGGCGAGAAUGCUGCAACACCGUACGAGAGCGAUUGAGGCACGUUACAGACAGGUGCGGAACAGACAUAACUCAGUCUUCCGGAUGAAGAAGCGCCACCAGGAAGGACGAAAUCACGAAGCGAUGGAAGAGCUGUACCGCGCUAAGGACACACGAAAGUUCUACGAGAAGCUGAACCGCUUGCGCAGAGGCUUUGUGCCGCAAGCCGACAUGUGCUGAGAUAAUCACGGGAAUAUUCUCACGAGCGAGCGUGAGGUGGUCGAGAGGUGGCGGCAGCAUUACGAUGAGCACCUCAAUGGCGACGUUGCAAGUACCGAAGGUGGCGUGGUAACAGAUCUAGGAGUACGUGCACAGGACGAAAGACUUCCGGCUCCUGACCUCCAAGAGAUUGAGGAGGAGGUUUGCCGGUUGAAAAACAACAAAGCCGCUGGAGCAGAUCAACUACCAAGCGAGCUUCUAAAAUACGGUGGAGAAGCACUGGUGAGAGCACUACACUGGGUCAUUACCAAGAUUUGGAAGGAGGAAGUAUUACCGGAGGAAUGGAUCGAAGGUAUCGUGUGUCCCAUCUACAAAAAGGGCGACAAGUUGGAUUGCGGAAACUACCACGCGAUAACACUUCUGAGCGCUGCUUACAAGAUACUCUCUCAAAUUUUAUGCCGCCGUCUAUCACCGAUUGCAAGAGAGUUCGUGGGGCAAUAUCAGGUUUUAUUUAUGGGUGAACGCGCUACUACGGACCAGAUGUUCGCCAUCCGCUAGGUGUUGCAGAAAUGCCGCGAAUACAACGUGCCCACACAUAACUUGUUCAUCGAUUUCAAAUCGGCGUAUGAUACAAUCGAUCGAGACCAGCUAUAGCAGAUUAUGCACGAAUACGGAUUCCCGGAUAAACUGAUACGAUUGAUCAAGGCGACGAUGGAUCGAGUGAUGUGCGUAGUUCGAGUAUCAGGGACACUCUCGAGUCCUUUCGAAUCUCGCAGAGGGCUACGGCAAGGUGAUGGUCUUUCGUGCUUGCUGUUCAACAUUGCUUUAGAGGGUGUAAUUAGGAGAGCGGGGAUAAACAAGAGUGGAACGAUUUUCACGAAGCCCAUUCAGCUGCUUGAUUUCACUGAUGAUAUUGAUAUUAUUGCUCGCAAAUUUGAGACGAUGGCGGAAACGUACAUCUGACUAAAGAGUGAAACCAGGCGAAUUGAAUUUGUCAUUAAUGUGUCGAAGACAAAGUACAUGAUGGCAAAGGGCUCCAGGGAGAAAUCACCACGUCCGCCACCCCGAAUUUAUAUCGACGGUGAUGAAAUCGAGGCGGUUGAAGAAUUCGUGUACUUGGGCUCACUGGUGACCGACGACAACGACACCAGCAGAGAAAUUCAGAGGCGCAUUGUGGCAGGAAAUCGUGCCUAUUUUGGACUCCGCAGAACUCGACGAUCGAAUAAAGUUCGCCGUAACACGAAGUUAAAUAUCUACAAAACGCUGAUUAGUCCGGUCGUCCUCUAUUGGCACGAAACAUGGACCCUACAUGCAGAGUACCAACGGGCCCUUGGAGUUUUUGAACGGAAGGUGUUGCGUACCAUCUACGACGGAGAGCAGAUGGAAGACGGGACUUGGAGAAGGCGAAUGAACUACGAGCUGCAUCAGGUGCUGAGAGAACCAACCAUCGUCCAUACCGCGAAAAUCGGAAGGCUACGGUGGACGUCAUCAGGAUGUCGGAGAGCAACCAGACUGAAAUGGUUCUCGAGGGUCAUCUGACCGGUACAGGAAGACGUGGAGCGCAGCGAGCUAGGUGGGUCGACCAAGUGGUGGACGAUCUACGGACCCUACGCAGAGUGCGGAACUGGAGCACGCUAUGUCUGAAUCAGCAGAUUAUAUAAAUCGAAUGUACCACAGGUUUCUUUCCACCAAACAUCAGUAUUCAAGCUAUAUUUUCAUGUGCAGAAGGUUUCAAAAUAUUCUAUCGGUGAAAACACUUCCAUACAUUUUGUAUGGAAGAGAAAUUGGCCGAUAACGAGAAUUUCAUACAAAUUUGUAUGAAAAAAAGCUAAAAAUACGAGAAAAUCAAAAUUUCCCCGAUGAAAUAUCUUAAAAGUUUCCGCAUAUUAUAUUAUAGCAUGGUAUUCGAUGUUCUGUGGAAAGAAACUUGAUGUACAUUCAAUUUUUGUAAUCUGCUGGUUCAGACAUAGCGUGUAGAGACAAACAGCCAUGGACCGAGUGGAAUGGAGACGGUAAAAGGUUAUUGCGGCCAUAAUAAUUACAAAAUGCACCAUAGGAAAAUCAAAAUGCACCAUAAAUAAUUAAGCAAUGUACCGACAAAAUGCACAGCUUUCUCCAUAAAUAAAUAGAAAUGUUCCAUAAUAAAUUAAAAAUGUAGCGGUAAACCAAAGAAAAUUCUAGUUAAAAAUGAAACAUUGUAUCAAUAAAAAAUUAAAUAAAACACCAUAAACAAAUAAGUUUGCUCCAUAAAAAAUAAUAAAAAUAUCCAUAAAUAAUGAACAUUUGCUCCAUAACUAUACCAUAUUUGCUCCAUAAAAAAUUAAAAUUGCACCAUAAAUAUCAUCAAAUUGCACCAUUAACAAACUAUAAGUUUUACCUCAAAGAAUGCAAAAUCUACAAAAAUAAUCAAAUUCUGCAUCAUUAGCAGUAUUUCAAUGGCUAGUAGCACUGGAAAUAUGUAAGUUUAUAGUAAUAUGUGGAAUUUAAAAGGCUAUAUUCUGCACCUUCUGCCUAAAUUUAAAAAAAAAUCAAAUCUGACUAUACAUGUCAAUGGUUGCUCCUCCGUGAUUGAUCUGAGCUGGUACCAAUUGUACUGGGAUCCAAAUGAAUGAGGGCUGGGACACUCCACUUAUUCUAAAAGUGCAAUUUAAGCAGCUCAUACAUUCUUGAUCAAUAACGGCGCCGGCCACGUCCUUAUAGUCAGUUAGGAAGGGAAAGGAAUGUUCUAACAUUCUAGUGUGCUGGUUGUUGCUACUAAAGACCGAGAUCACCUCUGCAUCCCCACAACCAGCACGGAUGCGAUCCAUGGAUAGGGGUUAUUUUUAUAGUGUUCGUGAUAGAUUGUGUGGUGAAUAAGGUGAAUAAGGUCAAGCGGUACAGCACGCUUUGGUUGCAUAACUUGUAGGCGUUAUAUAUACUGUGCUGUGAGAAGAAGUUGGAAAUGAGGGAAACGACUUUUUUCCAAUUCGUUUCUGGUUCUAGUGAAGACUAUGAACAUAUGAAUAUACAUUAGUUGUAUAUGUAGAGAAGAGAGAGCGAGAGAAAGUGGAUAGAAAGAUAUAAAGUAGGAUGAAAGGAACGGGCCAGGGAUUGAACCCAUGACCUUCUGCAUACGAAUCAGAAGCGGUAGCCACUAGACCACCAAACCCGUUUUCUGCUCCUCCUGAUAAUCUAAAAAGAAUCUAAUAAAAAGAACGUCAGUUGUUAUCAGGAUACUUAGUUUAUUUUAUAAUUAUAUAAAACAUGGAUUAAUUUUUUGAUAAUUUUUCCGAUCAAAUUGAAAUCAUUAACAAAUAUAAUAUAUUUACAUUACAUAUUAUGUAAACUCCAAGGGUUAACCCUUCUUUCAAAAUGCGGAUUCUUUUAAUACAUGCGGCGUAGCCUGUGGAUGCGUUGUAACUGUGUCGAUUCGGUUAUAGGUAAUCCACAAAUCCAUGAAUUUGCCCGGUAUAAUGCAAACAGAGAUGUUAUCCCGUGAGCGUUAGCGAGUUCGAACAGCAAGCGAUUAUCCGGUAAAUUGCAUUCAUAGUGUUUCCAUCUUUUAAGUCGUUCUAUCAUAGAUGCGUGCUUCGGUACAUGGUUUCUGUUUAUUUUCUUCUUACUUUUCAUAUUAACAUUAUCCCAUCCACAUCCUAAAACUAUAUGUCGUUGGACACUGCAGCAAUGGUACAAUAAGAUUAAAUUUAUGUAGCUUUUACAUUCUUUGUGGUGAAAUUUACAAUUUGUUUAUGGUGCAAUUUGAUUAUAUUUAUGGUGCAAUUUCAAUUUUUUAUGGAGCAAAUAUGGUAUAAUUAUGGAGCAAAUGUUCAUUAUUUAUGGAUAUUUUUAUUAUUUUUUAUGGAGCAAACUUAUUUGUUUAUGGUGUUUUAUUUAUUUUUUUAUUGAUACAAUGUUUCAUUUUUAACUAGAUUUUUUUUUGGUUUACCGCUAUAUUUUUAUGUUUUGAGGUUAUGGCUUUCAGUCUUGGAAGAAAAACUCAAAAACGGAUUGUUAAGUCUCCAUCCAUAGUUAGUAAGUAACAUACACAUAAAAUCAUAAACACAACAUAAGAAAAUCAUUGUCCACAGAAUCCUUGAGAAAGGCACAAUAUAGUGACCGAAACGUCGGAUUAAGACUUAACAAUCCGUUUUUGAGUUUUUCUUCCAAGACUGAAAGCCAUAACCUCAAAACAUAAGAUCAACAGUCGAUUCCUUAAGAAAGUGCUACAUUUUUAAUUUAUUAUGGAACAUUUAUAUUUAUUUAUGGAGAAUGCCGUGCAUUUUAUCGGUACAUUACUUAAUUAUUUAUGGUGCAUUUUUGUUUUUCUAUGGUGCACUUUCGUUAUCUAUGGGUGCAUUAAAUAGGCUGCCAAUGGAGACGGCUACUAUGUACAGCAGAGGCCACCCCGGCCUUAGCCUGAUCGGUAAAGGUAAGUAACAUUGUUUUCGAGUUUCUGUAGUUUUUAGGUGUCCGAAAUUCAGCGUGGUUCAAUCAACGACCAUGAUUUUAGAUGCAUAAUGAUGUGCAGAUUUCAAAAUCAUGCUAUAUUUCUUAAGUAGAAUAGUUACAGCUGCAAAUCGAAUUUUUUUAUGUUCAAAAAUAAGGAAAUUACUAAAAUUUUAAGAUCUUGAGUGCACUAAUUUCAAAUCUUUCAGCAUGAAUAAAAAGCUGAAUACAAUCUCUAUCGAUCAUUAGAACAAUAAUUUAGUGGAAGAUUGAAAAAAAAACGCGAUGUAACCAACGCACACCAGGACUAGCUUCAUCAGAACUUCUAUUUAACUGUUUAUAAAAUCCAAAACAAGCCUGUUGGACUUCAUAAGAUGAGUCGGCUGAAUACUCAAGAAACCAAUCCACUACCGUGUUGUAUUUUUUCUCUUUCGACUAAGAGUUUUGAUGAAUGGAAUUUGACCCUUUUAUCGUAUGCAUCUGCUCAAUCGAUAAGAUUUAUACUUUAUCUACCAGCUGGAACUGGCCAUUGAUUGGAAAUGAAACGUGGCGAUAAGCAGUGAUAAGCACGAGGGAUCUUGUUUCUUCAGUUUACGCAAUAAAUAGGAAUUAGGUUUGCGUCGAGAUACGUAAGAAUUUUAUCAUAUUUAUAUUUAUAUUUUUUUUUCUGGGCGACAUUUAACAUGCGGUAUUCCAAAGUUUACUAAUGAGUUGACGUAAUACCUACGACGACACAGUUCAAGCGGAAUAAUAGAACCGGUUUGACUUCCAUCCAUUCAUCACGCAGACGUAGCGUCUACGUAGUAUGAAGAUACCGUCGUCGUCACUUUUGUAGUCAGUUCUGGUCACAAUCUCGCAGAGAUGAGAUCCAACAUUAUUCUGACCCUGGUUCUAAAUUUCACCGUUGCGGCGGAGAAUCCGAAUCCGAAUGUCUCCAGUUGCGGUACAACGAUACACAACAUCCAGAAGCCACUGAUCGUGAAAGGUGUGGCAACCGGAGAGCCGGGUCGUUGGCCGUGGCAUGCGGCGAUAUGGCAUCGAGUAUCCCGCAAAGCCCAUGCCUACGUCUGCGGUGGAACUUUGUUGAGUGAUCUGUACAUCCUGACGGCAGGCCAUUGUGUGUCGAAAGAUGGCAACGCUCUAAACGAGCGACUGUUCACCGUUCAGUUGGGCUCGGUUAAGCAGAAUCUUCUGCUGAGCGGUUUUCCGGUUCAGAAUAAAGCGGUUGCUGAAGUGUUCCUGCACGAGGAAUUUUCCUCGCGUGACUUUCGAGCCGAUAUUGGACUACUGGCACUGAAAACCAGAGUUGAUUUAAACGAAUAUGUGCGGCCUAUUUGUCUGCCGAUGCGGGACCUGCGAAGUGAUUUCAGUAGUGCUGUUGGGCGGAUGGCGGUAACCGUGGGGUUCGGAAUGACCGAAAGUGGGGACAAUUCGGAUGAUCUACGGCAACUGAAUGUGUCGAUAGUGGACUAUGUAACGUGUUUGCAAAGCAAUCGGGAAGUUUUUGGGAGAUCAUUAUCGGAGGGCAUUAUCUGUGCCGGAGCUGUUCAAGGAGGCACCGUGUGCAACGGAGACAGUGGAGGGGGAUUAUACACCGAAGAAGCUGAUGGACGAUGGGUGAUCCGUGGAGUGACCAGUUUCACUGCGCAACGUGGAUGGGAUGAUAGCAGCUGCAGCUUGAAGGAUUACUCUGCUUUCGUCAAUGUAUCGUUCUAUGAACCGUGGAUUCGUUAUGUGAUGGAGAAUGACCAACAAGAAGGAUUUUUCCAUAGGAACUUGAAAGAUGAAAAGAUCGUCAAAAUGAAAGUUGUUCAUGACGAUACACCAGAAGUCUCUCAAGAGCUGAGAUUAAGCGACAAAAAAUGUCGGGAAUACAAGAGAAAGGGUCUCGUUGUAACCGGUUUACGAGGACCAGGACACAUUUACUUACAAAUUAACGACAAACCGAUGGGGUUGGCAUACUACUUGAAUGACCGUUAUGCUCUGACUACAGCGAACCUGGCCAGAAAUUGCAUGAACGCUGUUUGUCAAACAAUAUUGGGUAAAAAAGUUCAACAAGUAAUACUGCAUCCGAAGUUUACCGGGUCAAGGGACUUCAACGUCGCCCUGAUUGUGAUACCUCCGGCAACAGAGCCGUUCUGGUGUUUGUCUCCGGAAACGUCACCUAAAAUCUACUUUGAAAACCGGCAGCUGCGGUUGAACACGAUCACCGCGGUUUCACCCAGCUGGAUGGAAUUCGAGCUGGACUCCUUCCUGCCGACGAAGAUGGGUUCCGUGGUGUACAACGAGCGCCGCGAAAUUGUCGGGCUAAUGCAGAAUCCGGCUGGCGAACCAAUUGUGAUGACCAACACCAGUGCUGUGCUGGACUGGAUCGAGUCAGUGGUGUGGAACGAGCAAUGAGAUUCAAAUUUGGUCCUGUACAAUGUACAUAGAAUUAUCUUCGAGUUGCUGCUGAAACUAUAUUGAAAGGACUUCAAAAGUUUUACUUGAACAUUCUUCAAAUUAUUUUAUCCGAUUCUUCCGUAAUUCCAGAGAGCAUGAGACUAAACAUAAAUGACCUUAAAAUUCAUAUAGAACAUGCACAUGAUAUCAUAGAAUAUGAAAUCUCUGUGAAAUUCACAUGAGAGUGUUUGAAGCUCCGAAACCUCCUGAAACGCAUUGAAACUCCUCUGAAACCUCCUGAAAUGCUCUGAACGCUCUGACACGCCUUGAAAUUCACCUGAGAGCCUUUGAAGCCCCCUAAAACCACUCUAAAACUUGCCAACUCGCCCUGAAACGUAUUCAAACGCUUUGCAAUGCUUCUGGAAGCCCAAUGAAACCUCCGUGAAUGUAGUCUCCUCAAACACCUUUCAAAUGUCCUGUCUGUUCGUUUAUUGACUGUGCGAUCGGAGUUGGUAAUAUGUCACAUUUCAAGGAAUGGGAGUGUGUAUUAGUUAUGACUGUGAUCUAUAAUCUGUGUCUAUUGUUAUGGUCUACGUAAUUGCGUAUCCACACUCCCAUUUACUCAUGACCAAAAACGUUAUUUAUACAAGUAAUCAAAAAGUUUUGUCAAGACACAUUUGUUAAAAACCCACUACCAAUAAUAAUUUCCCCCUGAGGAAGACACAAUCCCUGUGUCGAAACGUCGGGUGAAUAAUAAAACUCGUUUUUGCAAUGACGUGGUGAAAGAUUUCACUUUUCAAUGGCCUGAAGUUGCAUGAAACGGCCUACUUUUCACUACCGAUGCAAGUGUGCAGAAAAGUACUACUUUUCGGCACUCUUAUGAGUACUACUUAAACUUUUUAUAUACUGCUCUGUCUUCCGUACAUUCAGCUGCUGCUUCUACAUCCACUGGCAAUCUCGAAUACGAAUCUGGGCGGUUCUUAUUUCGAUUCGGACUGCAGGUCUUGGGAAAAAGCAGCAACUGAAGCAACUUUAGUGAUUUGCUCAUAAAGAACAGUUUCACAAAGCAAGAUCGAUCGUUUAUGAGCGCUUGCACGUUGACGUCAUCAUUAGCUCCUUCUCUUUCUUUGGGGGCAAUGUUUACAAAUCGUAUGAGAUUUCGAUGAGGUUAGGUUUUUGCUGCAAGCCUCCAUAGCCAUAGCCUAUCUGAUUGAAUAAAAACUCAGAUUUAUUAGAUAGUGCCUUUCUCGUCGAAUAUGUACUCAUGAUCUUUCCGUCGACGCAAUCAAUCUUACCUUAGAGUCAGUGAUCAUCCCCAAUUCUCUGUGCUUUGGUAACGGAUGAGAAGGAGGAAAUACUCAUAACAGCGAUCUGGGUCUGUAGCACCUAAGAAUUUCUGAAUUAUGAGAAUACUUUAUUUAGAAUAUCAAGAAUUUUUAUCAAGGUCAUCAUCGAAUUGUAGCACUUAUUCCGACGUUAUGGGCAGAGCUGAAAGUAGCAGUCCUUUCAGAUGACUGCUUGACCAUUUUCACUGAAGGCUGAUUCAUACCAAUAUGACAAUUACUAGCCAGGAUCAAACUUUUUUCACAGAUCACUUUGACAAAGGUUCAUCUGCACACUUUAUGCUAUAUUUUAUUAUCAUUGGUUACAAAAUUAAUGUAGAAUUUGUAAUGUAGUAAUUUGAAUUGCCAAUGCUAUAUCACAUUCAAAUAUCAACCACAUUACAGAGCUCGCCCUCCAGUCGCAUCAAAAUUUUGCGCAGUAAUUUUGGACGCAAAUAAAGAUUUAAAAGAAUGUUCUGGGCUGAUGCGCUUAAUUGUCUAUUAUUCCAUACAACGUUGAUUAAUUCUACUGUAAAUUUACGUCUCAGGAAUCUAAAAUGGUGUAAUUUGAUGAGAUCGAUUUAGUUUUUUUUUAGGUUUUUGGUUCUCUAACACAUAUCUAUCGCUUGCAUUCAUUUAGUUCACUUUCGUAACCCAACGCUGCUUCUGCCAUACCACCGGUAGCUUCUUAUGUAGUCUGAGUAUAUUUUGUAUUGCUAACGAGACCCCUGGAAAUGAUUCCGGAACACUACCUGUAUACUUAAAUGUGAUAUGAGUUAAUGAAAACUGUUAAUCAGGUUACCCGGAACUAAAAACACUACCGGUAGUAACUUCUGCGAACUGUGCCUAUUUUCUUAUUAUCCAUGCAUCAGGUUAAUGAGAAAAAAGCAUUUUGAUGUACCGCAAGC